GGCUGCUGUGGCGCCUCUGUUUAGUUUUGGUCAUGGGGAUAUGAGACGGCGGUGCAAUGUUCGCAACGCAUUGACACAGAUAGAGAUCUCCAAUCCACGAGGCCUGAGCGCUCAACCUCAAAAUACAGAGAAGAUAGGCGAUCUGGGUCGGGGCGCUUCUGGAUCCCCCGUGUUUCAUUCUUCGUGUACACGUGAAGAUGGGGAGAACAUUAUAUCGUCGUCUACCUGUAAAUUGAAAUUAAUUGGAAUCUAUCACACGUCAUCGGAUGAGGCGGAGGGGAUUGCACCACAACACGCAAAAAGGCUGCACUACGCUGCGACCGUUCCGGAAAUUUUGAGGCAAUUACGAGCGCUACAACUACGACAAGAGCAUCAACUACAAGAAGAGAUGGCUCCUCCUGCCCAAGCUCUUAAUCCCGGGGAAGCGCGUCAAGGUCACCAACAUCAUAUGUUGACGCAAGAUGCGUUGACGUUGGCGGCCCCUUCGCUUACCUUUCAGGCAGAUCAUGAGGGGAAAUCUCUGCAGUCGCUUGUCGAGGAGAAGUUGCACUUUCAGUACCCUCCUGGCGACGAGCGCGAGACGCGCUCCAAACUUCUCCUGUUGACCACGCUGGAAGACUUCUAUACGCGCUUCAGGAGGACAAGCGCGCUUUACUCAUCCCGGCUGCAGGACGAGCCGGAGCCGGACAGCAAGAUGAAUACGGCUUCGCGGAAACCACGCAUGCCCAUCAAGUAUAAAGCGAAGGACGCUGAGAGGGGCUUUGCUGUACACCUGUGGGGGGGGCGCGGGC